GCGAACCUUUAGAACUCUGAGACAGACAAUAUUCUGUUACAUUGUAGCAAAAUGGCGACUGUCAUUCACAACCCCCUGAAAGCGCUCGGGGACCAAUUCUACAAGGAAGCCAUCGAGCACUGCCGGAGUUAUAACUCGCGGCUGUGUGCGGAGCGCAGCGUGCGUCUCCCCUUCCUGGACUCGCAGACGGGGGUGGCCCAGAACAACUGCUACAUCUGGAUGGAGAAGAGGCAUCGAGGCCCAGGCCUUGCUCCAGGCCAGCUGUACACAUACCCUGCCCGCUGCUGGCGCAAAAAGAGACGAUUGCACCCGCCUGAGGACCCAAAGCUGCGGCUGCUGGAAAUAAAACCCGAAGUGGAGCUGCCCCUGAAGAAAGAUGGCUUCACCUCGGAAAGCACCACGCUAGAAGCCUUGCUCCGCGGAGAGGGGGUGGAGAAGAAGGUGGAUGCCCGGGAGGAGGAGAGCAUCCAGGAGAUACAGAGGGUUUUGGAAAAUGAUGAGAAUGUAGAAGAAGGGAAUGAAGAAGAGGAUUUAGAAGAGGAUAUUCCCAAGCGAAAGAAUAGGACCAGAGGACGGGCUCGCGGCUCUGCGGGUGGCAGGAGGAGGCACGACGCUGCCUCUCAGGAAGACCACGACAAGCCUUACGUCUGUGACAUCUGCGGCAAGCGCUACAAGAACCGACCGGGACUGAGCUACCACUACGCUCACACCCACCUGGCCAGUGAGGAGGGGGACGAAGCCCAAGAUCAGGAGACCCGGUCCCCACCUAACCACAGAAAUGAGAACCACAGACCCCAGAAAGGACCAGAUGGGACAGUAAUUCCCAACAACUACUGUGACUUCUGCUUGGGGGGUUCCAACAUGAACAAGAAGAGCGGGCGGCCUGAAGAGCUGGUGUCCUGUGCAGACUGUGGACGCUCUGGUCACCCGACCUGCCUACAGUUCACCCUGAACAUGACUGAGGCUGUCAAGACCUACAAGUGGCAGUGCAUAGAAUGCAAAUCCUGCAUCCUCUGUGGGACCUCGGAGAAUGAUGACCAGCUACUCUUCUGCGACGACUGUGACCGUGGCUAUCACAUGUACUGUUUAAAUCCCCCAGUGGCAGAGCCCCCAGAAGGAAGUUGGAGCUGCCACUUAUGCUGGGAACUGCUCAAAGAGAAAGCCUCUGCCUUUGGCUGCCAGGCCUAGAGCCCCAGGUCACAGCAUGUGACUUGCUGCUGGAGAGGUGGAGCCAGAGCCCAGUCUAAACCAGAUGGAGCCCUCCUCCCAUACAUCCAGACAGACCAACGGAGAGGAAAAUGAAUAGUCACAGAAGGGCGUGGACACAGGGAACCGAGAGGACCCGGUAUCUACUUACCUCCUGCCCCACAGAUGGUACUUCAGCCAGCACCUCCUUGCUUCUACCAGAAGGAUCUUGCACUUUUGAAGAACAAGGCCCAGCCCCAGCGCUGUGGAACCCUCUCACUUUUACCUUGGCACUGCGCCCCUCCCACGGGUUUCCAAUUUAAGGGAAGCCCUUUUGUGACCACUCGUCAACCACUCAUGUGACUUGAUGCUUUUUAUCUAUGGUGUUCCAAGAGAUCUGUGCACAUCCUCCUCACCCCCAGCUUACACCCUUCACCCUAAAUUCUCACCAGAGGAAUGAAGUGCCGUGGAGAAGUUGUUGUUCAUCACAAGCCUCACGGGGAAACUUCUAGACUUGGAUUCUAGAAGCCAUCUUGAAGAUGGAGACUUGACCCCACCCCCACCUCCCUUCUUGUUCCUUGGUCUCUGUGAAGAGGAAGUGGUACUUUCUAGAACCCCAGCAGUGGUCUCCACAGUCGGGGUGGGGGUCCUUCAUCCACUGUGUUAUCACUUGAUGGGGGGGUGGGGGUUUUGGGACCGAGAGAUGGGAGGAAACAUUGGGAGAAUGACGCUAAGGUCCUGCUAUGGCCAGUCAGUAUUGGUUAUCCAUCAGGAGAAACUGGUUCUUUGACCUUCAGAGCCAAGGCCUUGUGAGGUGACAAGCCACAGCCCAUGGACAGAGAAAAAUGGUCCAGACUCUGCCUUCAAACCAAGCUGGUUAGAGGCCUAGUUUUGUUUCCCCUGGUGGGAUCCAAGCACUGGGAGGUGAGCAAAGCCUACCCAGUCCAGUGUCCAAAUGUUGGUUUUAAGGGACCGCAGCCUUGAGAACCCCUUCAGUAUCGACGCGACACUACCAAUUCCUUUGCCCAAGCAAUUUCUUCCUUCCCCACGGUGUAGGUUUGCUAUUGUCUAUUGAGACCUGACUGGAAACUUUAGGAUGGAGGAGAGAAGGUCGUUACUCCAGCAGAUGAUUAGGGUGAUGUGAUCAUUUGUGAUCGGGUGGCAGUGGUUCAGAACCCUCAGCCUGUGGGCUGUUCUUGUGUCCUGAGCUCCCCCAUAUGAGCUGGACUCUUGUUUUAUAAAACAAACAUGUUUCUAGAAGAAAGAGGUGGGGAGGCCUAGAUUCCGAGAACUGUCGGUUGGAAUACAGCCCCGUGGGCUGGAGUGGAUCAGACUGUCUUUGAAUUGCAGCAACAGCACAGUAACUGACACAUUUCUGGAAAAAUCAUUUACCCAAAGGGCAGGUCUCAGUCAGUGGGACCCUCGCGCCUGCUCGGCUUCCCUGAAACCUGCUCCAUCUCUGUGGUCCAGCAGCUUACAACAAAGACCCAGGUUAUUUUUAGUCCUUCAGCUGCUGAAGAAGCCCCCGGAGACUCGGGCUGGCUGGGCCACUUCUACCCUGCUGCGGUGUUCACUCUGGGACCUGGCAGGGGCCUUCUUCUCCGGGGAAAUUGCUCUUGGCCAGUGGAUCCAGGGCAGCAUGGCGCGCAGCCAGGCAGUGUGAGUCUCCCCCAUUCCUUUGCAGAGGGACUUGAGGGUCACUCUCCUGCAGGCCCCUUGGCCUCAGGGUGAGUUACAUGCAUACAUAAUGAUUUCAUUUAAAGGGCCUCUGUCCAGAUGGGAUUUCCAUCUUCUCCAAAGCUAUUUUAUUCCUCCUGCAGGCUGCUGGGCCCAUCUGGGUUUGGAAGGCCCUGGGAGGAUUUGAGGGUCCCAUCAGAGCAGAGGGGCGCAUUUCCUAUUCUCACUACUCUGGAUCUCUCUCCUCCCACAAACCCCAAAGCAGGGUGUCCUUAAAUGGUGAUUAUUGGCUUUGAGAUUCAUUUUAAACUAGUUUUAGGAAAAAAAAAAAAAAGUUCCCCAAUGUUCCCAAAUGCCACAGUGACUUGAAAGUUAAAGGCGUAAAUCCAAACCCAAAAGUUCUGGUUCUGCGACUCGACAGGCCCUCUUUUGGAGCAUGUGUGAAUCUGCUCCCCAAAGAAAUGCAGAUGAAGGGUGCCCUGUUCUAUCUCCUACCAAGACUGCUGUGGGCACAGAAGCUGAGGGUGGACAGAUCUCUCCAGCCAGGGUGAGGCACUGGAGCUUGCCUGAGGAUGCUGGUCUGGUCAGGGCUCUGAGUAGUUCCCUACUGUGUUUCUUUACUCUCCUCCCAACCCAACCUCCCUCCUCUUUGGAGCCCUCAUUUUCUCCAUCCAGAAAGUGGGUAUAGCAAAGCAGGUGGAUCUGUCAGGGUACCACAGAAGUCUCCAGAGUCACCUUUACCAUCUUUUGCACUGGAAAAAGGAAGGUGUUGGUAAACUUCAAAUUGGUCUCAUUCUUUGAGUCCCUGAGAACAAACUGGAAUCCUAGGGUGCAUGUGAAGGAUCAGGGUUUUAGUUUUACCUCUGCCGUUAAAUAGCUGUACAACCUUGGGCAAGUCACUUAAUCUCUGAACUUCAGUCCCUCUCACCCCUGUAAAAUUGAGGUGGUAACUCUUGCCUGCCUGUUCCACAGUGACACUGGGUGUCUUAAAAAGCAUAAUGUUAUUUAAAAGCCACUGCAGAAUUGAGCUUGUGUCUGAGAGGAACUCCAAAUGCCUUCCAUGUUUGUCUUGUAUGACAGCCAAAGUUAGAUGCCUUCUUGAAUCUCCCUUUUGACCAGAGGGGAUUUAGGUUUUAAGAACCAGGCUGCCUGUGGUCAGGACCACUAGGCCAGGGCUCGAUCAAGGAGACUGUGGGCUGCAUGGGCUCUGGUGGGAGGUAAGGAUUUGCCAUCGGACUCAGGACUUCAAGAUCCUGUCCCUACCUCCAAGGUUAACCAGCUUGGAAUAGCAAACUGGCUUUUACAGAGGGUGUCAAUCAUUUCAGGUCAGUAUAACACUCUCUUUUACCUUGGUUUAAAGCCCAGCUCUGCUUCUUUUUAGCUGGUUAACUUUGGACAAGUGGCUUUCCUUCUCUGAACCUCAUUGCCCAAGGAGUAAGGUGGGUGUAAGAUGUCUAUCUAGAAGCCAGGUCAUUGCAGGGAUUAGGAUAAAGCUGGAAAAAUCCUAUGUGGGCCUGGUAGAAUGAAGGUCCCCUCUCCAUGAGAGCUACUGUCAUUUGAUGCUAAGGCCACAGAGUGGAGAUAAUGACUCUGUUGCCUCCAGCUCAAAUCCCUGGAACAGAAAGGGCCCUUUUGCUCCAUUUCACCCCUAGACUGUGGCUUCUGCAGACCAGAGAGGUGGGGCUACAGGAUCUGAACCGGAAGAAGAAAUCCUGUUCCCUUACAGACAUUUUGGAAACACUGCUUUUGGGGCCUGCAGGAAAUCCAGAACAGGCAACUUUGUGAGGAGAUAGAAUCGAGGCCCCUGCUAGAUUUCCAUUCCACAGACCUGCAGCCCCUGAGGCAGGACCCAGCAGGUCCCGAGGCUCCCGGCUCCGCCACUGCCCCAGGGCCAGGUAGGAAGCCCAGGCAGGCUGCAGAGAGCAGCCCUUCCUGUGGUUCAGGCUCAGACAGCUGUGGGUAUGUGGGAGGCCCGAGGCCUUCCGGGCUGGGGAAGAUCCGGGUUUCAAGGUGGGGAGGGCCCGGGUUUCCCAGGGGAGGCUUCAUGGUGCCCAGGGGAGUAACACUCCGGGUACAGUUUUAUCUUCCUGCUCUAAAUGCAGCACGAUUCCUUUCCAGCUUUCCCCCUAAAAAGCCCAGAUAUCUCAAGGAAGAAAAAUGACAUGGUGUUAUUACGCUUCCUUCGAGGGCAAGAGACCUGUGCUCUUCUGUGUGUGGAAGGAAGAUUACUGACAACCUUAGGCUCCAGGAUGCAGAGAAAAGGGGCUUUUAGUCUCCUCUUUGAGCCACACGUGUGAGGGGCAAAGCUUGGCUGGUGGCCCAGGGCAGGGCCUGAGGACCUCCUUGCCUGUCCCCUAGGCUGGCUCUCAGCCUGUUCUGAAGGUGCUGAGAGGACAGUUCUCCUCCUUCCUCUGUGGAUUCCCUCCCUCAACUCCUCCUUAGGGUGUUCUGAAGUCACAGUCCAGGGGAGAAGUGGGCUGACCCGGAUGGAUCCAGGUUCACACUCCCACUGAGAUGCCACCAGUCCAGGGCUGGCUCCUUUAAGGAGCAGCAGUUGGUGUCACCUUUAGUGAGCUGGCCUCCCUGGAGAAGCUGAGGAAGUGGGGAGGGUGGGGAGGCUGGAGGAAGGAGGUGAAGAGAUAAGCCUAAUAAGGAAAAGGGAGGGGACAGCCCUUGGGGAGGCCAUUAAGCCUGUGACAGAACAAGGUGGGCACCUGGUUUCCUUAGGGAAAAAUCCUGGAGCAGAUAACCAGAGAGCAAGGGGUAGGGUGACGAAUUUUCAUAACCCAUUUUUUCUCAGGCUUGUGAUCCUAUACAAAAACAACCCCCCCCCACAACCCCAAACAAAACAAACAAAAAACCCAAACCUUUGCCCACAGUGGACACUGAACCAGGCCCCUGUUUCUCAAGGCCUCUGGUCUCUGGCUCCCUGUUGGAUAGGGGGGCUUCUGAGGGCACAGCAGACGGGAGCAGUACCCCUCAUUCACCUGGAGGUGGGAGGGACCGCCUGACAGAUCCCCGGGCAUUUCCCCACUCCUCUGGACAAGUGUCAUUCUGACUUCCUGAGAUAAGCUGCUGGAGGCCCUCGGGUCUAGAUUGGCCAGAUUUGGGGGACAGAUGGCAGCAAAGGGUGGGCUAGAUCCUGGCCUGCAGGCUUAGGGAGUGGUGGGGUUCUAGGCACUGCUACCAGAAGGCAUAAUACCCCAAGUCCAGGAGGCCAGCAGCUGGGCAGUGAAUAGUGGCCCUGGCCAGUGUGGUCGGCAUCUGGAGCUCAGCAAAGGAGAAUCUGUUCCUUGCUUGUGUUACCCUUUUUGGAAUUUUGCUCCCACCCCUGAAGGAUGCUUCUGGUUUUCAGCUGAGCUCAGUUUUUUCUGCAUGCCAGGUGAGGAACGGGGUGGGGGGGUGGUGGGAAGGAACAGACACUUCAAUUUGUCUCAGGCCUGCAAUCUCCCCACCCAAACCUUAACUGUCCUAAUAUGCAGUCAGAAGGGUGGUCCCUGUGAUUGUCUUCAAUUUGGGGUUCCUUCCCCAUUUCUAAGCAUGCCCAGGGCUUGAGAUCUAUUUAUGGUUCGCAGCCAGAAGCCACCACCACUUGCCCUAAGUGUAGAAAAUGUACAAAAGAUGGGUUGGUUCAGGGCUUUGAGAGCUGGGAAUCCUUUUCUAAGGAAGCUGAAGAGCCUCUGGUGGAUAUGAGGGACAGCUGGGGUACUUUCUCUUAGAGGGAGGAGGAGAGAGAAGGAUGUGGGUGCCGCUUGCUCAGCACCCUGGACAUGGGAGGGUGGACAGAUGCAGACAGAGGGGGAGCUCCUAUGAGCAUCUCAGCAGCUGCUCGCAGGAAAGCAUGGCUGCCGAGCCCCCUCUCCAUACUCAGGCUGCUGGGAAGAGAGGCAGAAAGGAAGUCCCUCCAGGAAACCCAGGGGGCGGGAAUGGUCCCACUUUGCCAGUCCUGCGUUCAGUGCAUUCCCAGAAAGAACAGGGAGCUCCCGGUGAGGAGCAAGUGUUGGAAGUGAGUGGAUUUCCCAGAGCCUCUCUCUGGGUUCCCGGUGAAUCUUGCCUGCCCCUCAGGCCUGGGGGGAGGGGGGGGUGUCCCCGCCUGCCCUGAGGGAUGUCACAGGGUCAGAGCAGGGGGAUGCCCCUCGGUUUCAGACUCUAUUCCCACUUUCUUUUGCUCCAGCCUCAGCCUCAUAUUGUGGGGCCAGCAGCCUUGACAGUGGGACAUUCCAGGGUUUCCCCCCCUUUGGCCCCACCAUGAGAAAGGAGUGUUUGUGCUGAGGGUGACAUUUCCCAGGGCAAGCCAGAGGAAGCCAGGGCUGGGACUGGCAGGCAGCCAGAAUCCUCUUGGACAGAGAUAUAAUUACUAAUAAUGACCUCUAGCCCAGGCAGCGAGGAAGAUGGCCAUUCAGGUCGGCACCAACUCAGUCUGGCACAUAAGCACUGCCGUGGCAGGAAAGAGGUCCCUGUGUGCAACGCAAUGGGGGAAACCUGUGAGUCCCUGGGGCCUGGGUACUACCUCAGCAGCACAGCCCCAUGGACCCCCAGGUUAUAGUUACGCCCUCUGCAUUUCAUUGGCUCGCGCCUCUGCAUCCCUGUAAUUUGUAUUAUAUUACUAAUAUUGAUGAGAACGGAGAUAUACAGGUACACACACACACACACACACACACACACCCUGCUUGAUGAAUUAAAGAGAGCUCUCCGUGUUGCUCCAGGAUGAGAGGGAGAGCCAGCAGCUACCAGACCAGAUACAUCUGCCCCGAAGGCCUUCUCCAGACAGGAAUUCCAGCUCCCAGACCCUGCAGAGCCACAGAGGUCACACAGGGGACUUGGUGCUUGAAAAACCAUUGGCUCCCUCCACUCUCUCCAUCUCUCCCCUACUCACUUCUGCUUCUUUGGGAGAGAUGUUUGGCCAUCCUUGAGGACUUGGAAAAACAAAACAAAACAAAACAAAAGUCUUGAUUGCAUUAUCAAAGGGAUGCAAUGACUUUAUGGCUAGAAUUGGGGCUGGGUUUUUAUUGACUUUGCUCUUUCAUAUUUAUUCCCUACUGAGACCUUUGCUCUCUUCUUUUCCUGCCUUCUACCUUCCCUAUACCUUCCCCUCCCUUCCCUCCUGCCAUGGCUAGAUGCUAAAGAGUGGGGUGGUGGUGGGAAGACUCGGUGGCAUAAAAGAAAAACAAAAUAUACCCCUGUGCGUUUUCAACAUGUAGUUGAAGAGAACUAAAUUAGGGACUAGAAAAAAGCAAAAGAAACAUUGCUAGAUAAUAUGUGAGUAAGAGCAUGAAAAUAUAGAAUGAUAAUCUCUGAGCAGAGGCGGUAGGCAGGGAGUCCUGGCUUACUAGUGCAUCUGGGACAGGUGGCAUUUGGGAAAGCAGGCAGACCACACAUUUUCACUAAACGGCCAGGUGCUUGAGAGCGCCUGUGCUCCUCUGGCCAGAAAAGGGAGUGUGUCCAUCCUACUCGUCCACUACUCAUCUGCCAUACUGGUCCACUCUUGGGUGUGUUUCCUCUGAGAGCAAAUAAGCACAUCUCUUGCCCUCAGAGAGGGAUCGCUGGGCAGGCUGGUACUGGCUAGGACAUUUGGCAGAGUCUUGACUGUGAGCAAAGUAAUGUGCUAGGUCUUAUGUGGUUGCUAGAUAAAUAAAACCUCACCCUGGCUCUGCCUCCAAGUUGCUUUUCAGCUAUAAAACUUAGCUUUCCCAAAGAAUCCUGAUCACAUUUGAAGUAUUGUGCCAGUGAGGAAGGUUUGUGUGUAUCCAGGUCUCUGGAUGCCCGUUCAUCUGUACAAGAGUAGCACGUGAAAACAUCUAGCUAUUUCCACACUAGUUGGGGAGAGGAACACAGAUGAUCUCAGCCUAGUCGCUUUUCUGUUUUUCCAAGUGCUGGCUGCCCUGGGAAGGUAAACAUCCUUAGCAUGGGAGUUCCCGAGGUCAUCUUCAUGCUUGGAGGGUGCCAGGCAGCCAGGGAAUCUGAGGCUGGGUCUCCAGUGCUGCUUUCAAAUUCCUGGGAAGAGUGGGAGGAGGUGCAAUUGGCAGGUGCAAUUGCAGACGUGGAAAGUGACCCACAUGAUGGUCAGAAAGCAGAGAGGGUAGGAAGCGGCGGGGUACAGACUGAUGCCCUUAUUGGGUGGUCUCCCACAGAGACCCCGUCGAGGUUGACACAUCCUUGGGGAGCCCGCCUCUGGCAUGGCUGGUGGGUGUGUAGAUGAAGUCCAACAUCAGAGAUGUUUUCUGUUAACCUCCUCCCCCUGCUUUUGGCCAGGCACUCAUCAGCUUCUGGCUUCCGGGUUCGUUUGACUCCCAGCUGCCUCUAUCGACAACAUCGGAUAAACCAUUUAUUUCUUCUCCAUUUUCUCUGCACACAUUACAGCCAGGUUUCAGCUUUUAGCUGUUCCCUGAAGAAGCCACACCAGGCUCACUUGCAAGUGAAAUGCCUGACUUGGGGGAGGCAUGCUCCGGCCCACGUGGAGAGGUCAGCUCAGGGCUGGCCUAAAGAGGCCUGUGGCCUUUCUGUGAGGAGGCCCAGGGGAAGUACUGUUUGGGGGAUCUGGACAGCACCUGGCUGUUAGCAAGGUGAUUUUGGUCAUUUCUAUGGAGAGUCAGAGACAUGGGAUUUGGCUGUGAGUUCCAUUCUAAAGUGCUUGAGAACCUGAAGGGAGUUCCAGGGUUUGAUCUACCCAUCUGUUUAAAAGCCUGUGGGCAAGGUCCUUUUGAACCUAACCUUCUUCGAAUGGCCAGUCUCCCCUUAUCCUUAUUGCUAGCAGGAGAGGAGAGGGAACUGUCAUUCAAGUUGGAUCCUAACCAGGCCAGACUGGAAGUAUUGCCCCUAAGCAGUGGACAACGGCCCUUGAUCCCAUGAUUCCUCUGCUCUGUGACUUUGGUGAGGUCUGCCCCUGCUUAACGAACCCUGGGGUUCUUCUGGGUGGAUAUUGGCAGGAGGGUCUAGGGGUAGGAAAGUCCCAUGGGGGAGAAACCUGCCCUGCUCUCCUGUGAGGAAGCUCAUGUCUGCACAAGUUUCUUGGAAGGCAUGGAAGUUGGUGGGCUGAGUCAGAGAGUGUGGGGCAUUUGGGAAGGGGACCCUGGAAAUGUUCUGAUGAUCUCCAAUCACUGGGCCUCCACUGGUGCCUGUGUACUUGUAGAUGCAAUACCAACUUCCUCCAGGUGGGGGUACAAGAGAUGGAAGCCAUUCCAGCAUCCCACCCCUAGGCUCCUACAGGCUUUCUUUUCUUUUACCCACCCACCACAGCUCCUUCUGAAACUCUUAGUCAUAAAGGAAUGGCCAAGAGAGUUGGCCUCCAGCCCUAGAAAUGCCUGCAAAUGAGAGUCUUCCUUUUAUGUCCUUGGACACUCUCCCCGUUGGACCUCAGGACCUAACACCACGUUGCCUCUUGCUGACUGAGCAACCUAGACGUUUUGCCUUGAGCUACUUGCUACAGUGUGCAGGACUGAGGCUGACACAGCUUUCAUGAGGUUAGAGAAAAGGGCUGCAGAUCUGGGAAGUUGUGUGUAAUGGUCUGGAGACGAUAUUUCCAUUUGGCUUGCUUUGGCUUCUCUAAAAAGCAACCAUAGCAACAAACAAACAGGAAGCCCCCAUCCCCCACUCUGCAAGCUCUCCUCCUCUUUCAGGUGUAAUGUGAUUGUAGUCUCAGUCUACAGGUGUGUGUGCCACUCUGGUCCUCUGUCUUCUAGGGAUGCUCCUUUCUCCUGUGUGUCAAUUCCCACUCCUUUGUAGCUCCAAGUGUGAAGUGCAGUGAUGUCCUGCCCUGUCUAAGGGAUCUAUUGAGACCUCUUGGUGUUUCAGUAUUGGAGAUGAGGCUGUGCCACAUCUCCCACCACCCUAAGGGGAUACUCUGGUUUGGUGACUUCCCAGAGAACUGGCAUAUGGUGAAUGUCUCCAGGAGAAUCUACAGGUUGGAAACAGCCCACAUCUGGAUUUCGGCUCGAAGAACAAGGACUUGCCUGGGGGAAGAAGCACCUGCUCUUCCUUCCUUCCCAAGGCUGGCUGGACAGGCUGCCCAUGAGCCAGGACCCACCACCUGCCUGCCCUUCUUCCCGUCUUGAUCUAGUUCCAGCAGUGGAGCCUUGGAGAGGUCAAGACUCAAUGUGGGUGUCAAGCAGCCUCUAUCUUUGGAGCCACUGGAUGUCCCAGCCCUUCAGUGGACUCUUGCACGUUCAUGAAGACUGAGUCACAAACGCCCUGUCUCUUUCUUACUGUGGUUAGUAUCUUGUUCUGUGAUUGGUUAGCAGUGUUAACUAUCCAUGUAGCAAAUCUUUUGUCUGCAAUUUAGAGAAUGUGUAAACAAAUAAAAGGCUUUAAAACUCU